AUGCCCAGGACAUUACCCUGGCUUCUUGAGAAGAAGGAUGAGGCACGCGUCAAAAAAGAGUCAACGCCGCGGAAGCGCGUCAAGCGCGAGGCAGAUGUAGACCCAGACCUAACGCCCAAAACACCUGCAUCUCCCAGCGGAAGAGACUUUUUUAGAUCAUCCCAGACUCCGCCUACCUCCCCCGCGCGACCGUGUCCCACCGAAGAAUUCCUUGUGGAAGGCCUAGAUGAAGAUGAUGCUUGGGUCAUGGUCGAAGACGAAUUCUAUGCCAUCGCGCAAACCUUCACGCAGCAUCUCCAUUACGCGGAGUACGUUCGCCGAAAGAAAGAAGCCAAGGAACGGAGUGCAGCAGCGAUCAAAGAGAUAGAAAGGCCCACAGAUGGUCAAACGGCAAUUCCAAAAAUUCUCCAGAUGCGAAAGGACGCGGAAGCAUUAGACGCGCGGCAGAAAGAUGGUCUUGCCCGGCUGGAGGGGCCAGUGGAUGACAACCCGGAGGAGCACACAGAUGAGGACGACGGUGCUUGGGCUGGGACGCAUCUUCAUGGUUUGAUGACAAGCCCGCGAAAGUCGCGAUCAUUGGUCGGCGUUCAUGCUGUCAAAUCGUCAACCAGAGCUGCUGCGGGAUUUGGACAAGCCUCUAGGCCAGACCGCGACAGCGGCCAGGUUCCCAGGUCUGAGGAUGCUCUCCCAGGAGUAUCUGUUCAAACGAAUGAUAUCAUUGACCUCGAGACGGCUUCGGAGGAGGACUCCGAUAUUGAUGAAGUUGUUUACCCAACCAUCAUGCCACCAGUUACUACACGCCAUGAAGGUACACCGAGCAGAGCUCCAGAAAGACCAACUGCACCUGCACCGCGGCAAAUAAGUGAGACGCCAAUGAGAACUACGCCAAAAAACCCUAAUUUGCACAAAGAGAGAUUAACGCCGACGCCGAAGAGCAACAGACCAGUAACGGGAUUCAAGUCCAGAGUCCAAAUGUUAUUUGAUGACCUCGAUGAGCUGCCAGAGCCAUCUCAGCCUAGUUCAUAUCUCUCUGAAAAGAAGGAAGCUUCAACCCCUGGAAAUAGUGCAGCCAGGGAAACCUCUAAGACCAACAAUUUGGAGUCUAAAUCUCGCUAUAACGACGUGCCGACUUUUUUGAUGUGA